AUGGAAAAAUAUGUAAGUCUUCGUGACAUAGAACAAGCUGCACUUGCAUUGUUAUCAAAGACUGCUCGGGACUAUUACAAAAGUGGUGCUACAGAUGAACAAACUUUAGCAGAAAACAAAUUAGCAUUCCAGAGAUUACGUAUUCGCCCAAAAUGCUUGGUAGGGGUAGAACGUUGUAAUCUUCACACCACCGUACUAGGAGUUGAUGUGUCUAUGCCAGUUGGUAUAUCACCCACUGCUAUGCAAAGGAUGGCUCAUCCCGAUGGUGAACUAGCCAACGUGAAAGCUGCUCAAGAGGAAGGAACCGUUUUUACUCUAAGCACAAUAGCUACGAGCUCAAUUGAGGAAGUUGCUGAGGCAGCCCCUUUGGCUACAAAAUGGUUUCAGUUGUACAUUUAUAACGAUCGGGAAGUUACUAAAAAAUUGGUUCAAAGAGCUGUAAAAGCGGGUUUCAAAGCAAUAGUCCUCACCGUUGAUACACCGUUAUUUGGUUUACGCAGAGCAGAUAUCAGAAAUAAAUUUACAUUGCCUUCACAUUUGAGAUUAGCUAAUUUUGAUGGUCUUCUCUCUACUAAGAUUCAAAGCACGGAUAGCGGCAGCGGUCUGAAUAAAUACGUGGAAGAGUUAUUUGACAAAUCUCUUACAUGGAAUGAAGUAAAGUGGUUAAAGAGCAUUACAACGUUGCCCAUAAUCGCAAAAGGUGUUUUACGUGGAGACGAUGCGGUUAAAGCAGUGGAAGCUGGUUGUUCCGCAAUUUUAGUAUCAAAUCAUGGAGCAAGACAGUUAGAUGGAGUAGCUGCAUCGAUCGAGGCAUUACCUGAAAUUGUGGAAGCACUGAAAAAUUACAACGUUGAGGUUUAUUUAGAUGGCGGUGUGUCAACUGGCACAGAUGUUUUCAAAGCCUUAGCUCUAGGUGCCAAAAUGGUGUUUGUGGGUCGACCGGCCCUUUGGGGUUUAACAGUUGGAGGUCAGGCUGGUGUGCAGCGAAUGCUAAAUAUCUUCCGUACCGAGUUGCAGUAUACUUUACAAAUAGCAGGUACUCCUACAAUUGCUGACAUCACAAAAGAUAUGGUGCGUCACGAGUCGAGUUACUGUAAAUUAUAA